AAACAUUUUCUCUUGUAUAAUUGUAGCAUAUGAACAAGAGUAAAAAAAAGAUGAAUGAACCCAAAAGAAAGAGAAAAAGAAAGAGAAAGAUGAUAUUGGAAGACAGAGAGAAAACCAGAAAGAAAGUAAUGAGUCUGCCCUUAGGUUAAAGGGAAACAGCAUUUUCUUACUCUGCUUGUGAUUUUAAUUCUCAUCAAAUUAAUGUUAUCAUUUACAUUUUCCAACAAUCAAUUAAUAGUGAAUUUUAAUUCGAACAACAAUCAACCGAUUGUUACAAAUUGUUCACCAAAAAAGUGCCACAAACACCAAACCAACUCCAAGACUUUUCCAUCUUCAUCUUCAUCCUUUUCCUUUGUGUGUCUGUUUCAUUUCUCUUUCUUUUCUUUCUUUCUAUCAUAUUCUAUUCUUUUUUUUACUCUCUUUGUGUCUUCUCUCAUCUUUGUGAUUUAAUUGGAACAUUUAAUCGAAUUUCUAAUCAUGACCAAUCCUCAUCUGGAGAGUUUUCUUGAAAGUUUGGAUACUUUACCGGCGGAUCUACAGCGUAACUUUACCUUGAUGAGAGAUUUGGACAUUAGAGCUCAAGAUCUUAUUGACGGGAUUAGGAUUAUCUCUGAGAAUUAUGUUAACAAUGGAGACGAAUUAGAGGAAUCAGAAAAGUGUGAGAAAUUCAAUGAGAUACGUAACAAGUUUGCCAAAGCAACUUCUUAUAGCGAUGAUAAAAUUCAACUUUCUGUUCAAACUUAUGAGAUGAUCGAUAAAUCAAUUAGACGACUUGACUCGGAAUUGACCAAAUUAGAGGAUGAAUUGAAGGAUAAGUUACUUUACCAAUCCAGUAAUACACCAAAGGUUGGACGGAAAAGAGGCCGAGCAAAAGGAUCAAAGGGUAAACGGAAAGUGGCCACAGUUCGUAGGAAGAACAUCUUUGGGAAGGACAAAGGGUCAAAGAAACAGAAAUCUGGACCUGAUCCGUCUUUGGCUCUAUCGGCUAUUCCUGGUUCGGAAACGUCGAUUCUGGCAACGAUUACUGGAAGUACCGAUGUACUCGAUAUGCCGGUUGAUCCUAAUGAGCCAACUUAUUGUGUUUGUCACCAAGUCUCUUUCGGUGAAAUGAUUGGCUGUGAUAAUCCUGAUUGUCCAAUUGAAUGGUUUCACUUUGCAUGCGUUGGACUGACCAUUAAGCCGAAAGGAAAAUGGUUCUGUCCAAAAUGUAUCAUUGAUCGGCGGAAGAAGUGAAAUUUCACCUUCGAACAUCAUUUUCCAUACUCAUCCAUUACUCUGUUAAUAUUUCCACGCUCAUCCUCAUGCUUGCAAGAAUGGAAACAACUAAAUCAAAUGAAUCCAUCUAAUUGUUCAUCUAACAAUUUAAUUUAUAUACCAAAAAACAAACCAAAUCAUAAUCAUCUUCAUCAACUAAUUGACAUCAUUUCCAAACAAAUUUUUCAACCUCCCAAAUCCCAAGGAUCUUUCAAGGUUUUCACCAUAAUUUAAUCAUCUUCACAAUCAACUUGAUAACUAAUUAUAAAUGAUUGAAGUUAAUCACUAAUUAGAAAUGAUCAAUGUAUCAACUAAUACAUUGUGUUUUCCAUUGUUAAAUUUUCAAUCCUUUUUUAAAAGAAAAUGCAAAUAAACUUAAAAUACUAUUGAACCAAU